AUGACGCAGAAAGUCUCAUUUUCGUCGAUCCAGCGUCGUCGCCAUGACCUGAGCACGGCUCUUCUCCUUCUCUCGCUCGUCCUGCUUUCCUCUCUCCACGCGGCGAUGGCCUUCCGCUUCUCCGCGGGGCUCCGCGCGGACAAGCUGCCCGGGAUUAUGCGCGGAUGGGCGCAAGGUGGACGCUCAACCGGCCAGCAGCAACAGCAGAGCGGCGGAACGAGCGGAGGCGGAAUGGGCGGAGGCGGAAUGGGCGGCGGCGGAAUAGGCGGCGGGGGAAUGGUCGGUGGUGGAAUGGGUGGCGGCGGAAUGGGCGGUGGCGGAACGAGCGGCGGCGGCAUGGGUGGCGGCGGAAUGGGUGGCGGCGGAAUGGGCGGAGGAGGAAUGGGCGGCGGCGGCAUGGGUGGCGGCGGAAUGGGCGGCGGCGGAAUGGGCGCUGGCGGCGGCAUGGGUGGCGGCGGAUUGGGCGGCGGCGGAAUGGAUGGCGGCGGAAUGGGCGGCGGCGGAAUGGGCGGCGGCGGAAUGAGCGGAGGCGGAAUGGGCGGCGGCGGCUUGAGUGGCGGCGGAAUGGGCGGAGGCGGCAUGGGUGGUGGCGGAAUGGGCGGCGGCAUGGGCGGACCUGGUUCAUCUGCUCCCGGAUCACAAUCAGCCAUGGGUCCUGGAAGGAACAUGGGUGGCGGCGGAAUGGGCAGCGGUGGCAUGGGUGGCGGCGGAAUGGGUGGUGGUGGAAUGGGUGGCGGCGGAAUGGGCAGCGGCGGCAUGGGUGGCGGCGGCAUGGGUGGCGGCGGAAUGGGCGGAGGCGGCAUGGGUGGCAGCGGAAUGGGCGGCGGCAUGGGCGGACCUGGUUCAUCUGCUCCCGGAUCGCAAUCAGCCAUGGGUCCUGGGGGGAACAUGGGUGGCGGCGGCAUGGGCGGCGGAGGAAUGGGCGGCGGCGGAAUGGGCGGCCGCAGCGGAAUGGGUGGCGGCGGCAUGGGUGGCGGCGGAAUGGGCGGCGGCGGCAUGGGCGGCGGCGGAAUGGGCGGCGGCAUGGGCGGACCUGGGUCCUCUGCUCCCGGAUCACAAGCAGCCAUGGGUCCUGGGGGGAACAUGGGUGGUGGCGGAAUGGGCGUUGGCGGCAUGGAUAACGGAAUGGGCAUCGGAGGAAUGGGAGGUGUUGGAAUGGGCGGCGGAGGAAUGGGCGGUGGCGGAAUGGGGAUGGGCGGCAGAGGGAUGGGAGGCGGAGGGAUGGGCGGCGGCGGAGGCAUGGGCGGGUCAGGGUGGGUUGCUCCAGGGUCGCGGGCAGCACCCGGCCAGGGUGGACCUGGGAUGGGCGGAGGGAUGGGCGGAGGGAUGGGGGGAGGGAUGGGGGGAGGGAUGGGCGGGGGGAUGGGCGGAGGGAUGGGCGGAGGGAUGGGGGGAGGGAUGGGCGGGGGGAUGGGUGGAGGGAUGGGGGGAGGGAUGGGCGGAGGGAUGGGGGGAGGGAUGGGCGGAGGGAUGGGUGGAGGGAUGGGCAUGGAUGGCGGUAGUGGAGGAGGCAUGGGUGUUGGAAUGCACAGCGUAGGGGCAUGGGAUGCUGACGGCACAAAGUAA